CUUCAUCGUCGUUCGGUCUUCCUCUCCAUAAUAAUCACCAAGACAGUUGGUUGUGAUCCCAAUCCCUGGUUGUUGCUCUCGCUUCUGCCGCAAGUACCGAGUCCAUCAAGUGUAUAGCCCCGAGAACGCGUUGCCUUGUGUGCAUGGUGGUUUACCGCUCGACUCCGCACCACAGCGGCUCGCCCUGCACAACUGAGCAAGCGACAGUCCUCCUUCGCCUUCUUCAUCGUCGGCCGUCUAAACCAUCCACCUUUCCCGAAAGACUCCCUUCUCUACCAUCCGCUUACAUCCACGUCCGUUGCUCGCCCCUCUUGAUCAGGGAUGACUUGCCGCGUCCCUACCACCGCCUCAAGAUAGCGAAGUUCGCGCUCCCUACGUUCUGUUUCCCCACCUUUCCGCGAGAACUCGAACAGAAUCUUCGCCUCCGCCUUCCUCCAUUUCCUCGAAACGCAUAGCCAUCCUUUGCCAUGGCCGCCUCUAUGUCGUUUCGCAGGCCCUCCAAUAGCCGACCUCCUCAGUACCGUACUCCUUCCCCGCCGAGAUACGCUGUCGAGCCUCUCUCCCCCCACGCAUCCGCCGCCAGCUAUCGCCCGCCGUGGGAUAUCGGUGCGAGCGGCUCUGAAAAGGUGCCAACGCCUUUACAACAUUGCCAGCCACAAGCAGCGAAUAACUUUGACGCCUCUCGGGGGAACAACAGCCAUCCAGACCCCCCUGCUGAGACCAAAUCUCUCGGCAGAUUGGGGCAUUCAAGAACCGGCUCGAAUAUCGACACGCUAGCCACCAUUGCUCUCGCCACGAGGGCUAGAUUUGGACCGCUGACCUACAGUUCUGCUCCCGACAAUGAGUCAAGAGAGAGACCUUCGAAACGAGCAAGGUCGGAGCGGUCACCAUCGCCAGCCUGGCAAACAUUUGGUGCUAGGCCCGCGACCAGCCAUACUUCGUCCUUUGAUAGCAUGAAGACUGACGCAGAGCUCCUUCUAAACUUCGCAAGGCCGGCUAACUUCCCCCCACGACAGCCGAUCCAACCGGCCCCUCAAUUCCACAACAGUGGGCCGGAGGCUAGCAACAUGGAGUCGAAGUGGAAUAUACCACCCCCCACCGUCCCUGACGAGUCGUUCAAUAUCUCAAGCAACAAAGUCUCUGCAGCAUUUUUCGGUGGCUCGGGUGCCUUGGCUCGAGUACGAUCCAGGUCCGAUGGCGCGGCGGCCCUUUCCCGACCUACGAUUAACGGAUACAACUCUGGGUCUCCCAAAGGGCCACCGCCGAUGGGUCCGGUUCUGGAAGAUGAGUCAAACGGCCCGGAAGAGCAAGGAGAGCGAGCUACUGUGACUGUUGAAGAGAAGGCCGAAUCACGUCCACCAAAACGGGGCCCGAAGUCCAAAGGUCGCCGUCGCCAGUCAGACACUGCCGUGAAAAGCGAAGACGCUGACAGUGACUCGUCAAACCAAACAAAUUGCGCUGCAUGCAGUUUAGUCCGAGUGCCUAUGAACAAUGGCGAUGAUGCCGAAGUUACUUGGGUCAACUGUGACGGCUGUAAUAGGUGGUUCCACAUUGUUUGUGCCGGAUUCAAAAACGACCGUGAAAUUCGGACCGUGGAUAAGUUCAUAUGCAAAGAAUGCCGACCGGUACAUGGGCCGACAACUUUUGUGCGCAAGUCUUCGCGACCAAAAACAUCUAUUGACUACGCUGGGCUGAAUCAAGGUUUCGUAAAGCCGUCAACAGAAGCCCCAGAUCACCAUUAUAUUCAGCCCAUUAAAGCGGGGAAGAUGACAUUUUUGCCUGAUCAUUUCGCUCGCCUCCCUGCGGAAUUCGUGACUGCAGAAUAUUUCGAACAUGGUAUAGGGAUGCCAGAGCCUGUCGUUAUUCCCGCUCAUCUAAAUCCUCGUACUCCUGCCUCUGCACUUGGCUUGGAAAAUUACUGUCCACAGUUCAAAGAAGCGUCAAGUCAAGAAGAAUUCGAUGCCAUUAUCGAUAGUCUUCCCAACGACGACGAUAGUGAAGAAGUGAUCGAUUGUUGCCAGGAUCUUCUCGAUAUGGUCAUCCCAAAUAACCUCACGGUUCGAACGGUGGGUGAACUUUACGGCCUGGAUGAGCGAGUAGAGGUUAUCGAUGUCAAAUCUCAGCAGGGCGAAGAUAAGAGAUGGAACAUGCGAAAAUGGGUGGACUAUUACCAUGACAGCAGCGCAUCGAAGACUGUCAGAAACGUUAUCAGCCUUGAGGUGUCGCAGAGUCCCCUCGGAAAACUAAUCCGUCGCCCCAAGAUAGUUCGUGACCUGGAUCUACAAGAUGCGGUUUGGCCCAAUGAACUGAAAGAAAUUGGCGACUACCCGAAAGUGCAGUUCUACUGUUUAAUGUCCGUGGCAGAUUGUUACACCGACUUCCACGUGGACUUUGGGGGAUCGUCGGUUUACUAUCAUAUCAUUAAGGGGAAGAAAACAUUUUUCUUUAUCCCUCCCAAGGAAAAGCAUCUAAAAAAAUAUGAGGAAUGGUGCAAUUCUACCGCACAAGAUACCACCUUUCUUGCAGACCAGACCAAAGAAUGCUAUCGCGUUGACUUGUCAGAAGGUGAUACCAUGCUUAUCCCAUCUGGUUGGAUCCAUGCGGUAUGGACGCCGGAAGAUAGUCUCGUCAUCGGUGGUAACUUUCUCACCAGAAUGAACUAUGGAAUGCAAAUCAAGAUUGCGCAGAUCGAAAAGGAUACGAAAGUUCCAAGAAAGUUCCGGUACCCUUUCUUCCAGAAGAUUAUGUGGUACACCGCGUUUAAGUAUCUCGACGAAGACCCCGUUCCUCAAAACGUACUGGAUUCUUUUGCUAGGGAUGAAAACUACCGAUUUUAUCGCGAAUAUCCCCUCUAUUACCAAUUUGGAGAACACGCAAGUAAAGCAGAAACAGGCUCAGAUUAUUACAACUCCCGUUUUUAUUCGCAAGCGGAACUCGACGGUCUCCCGGACCUCGCCAAAUACUUAUUGAGAACUGCUCUAAUUGCAGGUGGAUAUAUGGUGGAUGGCGUAACGAAGGAAACAAGAAAUGCCGUGAGUCGAUCCAUCCCAAAGGGCCAAGGCGAUCCUAUCGAGACGGUCGUAAAAUUUGGAAUAUGGGUUGCAUGGAAGAGGGGUAAUGAGCCUGCUGCUCAGUGGACUCGCCCAGGAGCAAUAUCUCUUGAUGCGAAGGUCGAUAUUUCUGAUAAAAGACGAACGGCACGUCCGACUAGGCGUUCGGAAAGGAAUGCCAGCAAUGGUACCCGCCGAGCUAGCAUGGCUUCAGAAACAUCCAAGCCGAUGCAGGGUCAGAAUCUGGACGAUAGAGUAUCAAUCGCCCCAUCCACUUCGAAUAAAGGCAGUCCGACUCCGGCAAAGCGAAAAGUGUCGUUCCCGGACAUCAAACUCGAGCAGGACAGUAUGCCAAAACCGGUCUCCAAGGGUACUAACCUUGGUCCAAAAAGAGUGGCCUGUGACGCAUGUCGAAAGCGCCGUAUUCGUUGUCGCCAUAAAGCUGAACAUAACGGCGAUGUGGUUUCAGGCAACCAACAUAUAAGUUUCCAAUCAAACGGCGAACAGGUUCGAAGAGCCUCGGAGAUUCUUCCGAAUAGUACUAUCAACACAUCAACUGACGAGGAUAUUUCGAUUAACUAUGCGGAGUCGGCCCAGGGUAGCGCUUCUGGUCCGGUGCCACCAGAGACGACCCUUAAUUAUUCAGCUGGGGCCAGUGGAAACAGCCCAAACUCCUCAAAUUCUGCUAAAAAAGGGAGAAACAAGGCUUGUGAUGAGUGCAGAAAGAGCAAGCGCCGUUGCAUCCAUGAUGAAUCCGGAAAGGUGGAUCCUGUUAAAGCCCAAGAACGAGCAAAACCGCGAACCGGAAUUACAAAGCGUCCACGUUCCAGCGAUGGUUACUCGUCAGUAUCCAAAAGGCCCAGACUCAGCCAGAGUAUACACGAGCGCCCAGAGAAAGGUGAAGAAUUCGGCGCUGUGCCUACGGUGGCUUCUCACCUGAAUCUGGAGCGAAUAGAUAACCCAGCUGACCACAUACAUCCGAGACACGAGUUGAGCAACGCGUCAGAACCGGCGACAAAUGGAAAGGCUCAGGAUAAAGGGUUGUAUACAUCUCCAGCUGUGAACACUGAACUAGAUGGGCCAUCUCGUCCUGAAGGCGAGCUAAGACCUGCUCCACCUACUGACAGCCUUGUGUCGCCACCAACGUCCCUUCUUGAUGGCCGUGACGAGAUCGUCAACAAUCCAGAGCAAACCUUGCCUAUUGUGAAUGAUAACGCUAAGGAAUACCCAGUUGAUGUUAACACUCCGGCUUCGACGUCGCCCAAAACACCCCACCCAACGGUACGGGAAAUUUCUCCUCCACGCCGAGAAGAGUAUGAAAGCCUGAAAGUUGCUGUACCAGAUUCAGCGAAAGAUCAAGUCAUUUCAACGCCAGUGAUCACUUCAAAACCCACAAAGCCAUCUUCUCGACCGUCCUCCUCACAUAAAUCGAAGCAAUUCAUGGCCAAGGAAGUCAAACAAGCCCAUCCUGCAGCUGAGAGAAAGGGAUCUCCGAGCCAUAUGCGGCACAAUGCAAGCCUUACAUCCCCGCAAAAUCAGUUUAGACCGGGCAAACGUGAUCGUAACAAGAGUUCGGACUCCGUAAACGGUCGACGAGGGCCUAAAUUUCGAUAUUUUUCCUUCUGACCCUUUUCGCCUCUUUUAUCGGUUGCCAUAUUUAAAGCGUGUUUCAGGGGAUAUUUGCACGGGACAUUUCAGUUUACUGUUGAUUUCACGGAGUACCAGGUUCUUUUUUUCGGUCGUUUCUUCCUCUCUUUCCCUUUUCCUUCGUGUACGAAGUACUUACUUUCUUAUUUCUUUUAAAGGUUGAGGCGACAUAAUUAUGGGCGGUAUUCUUGUUUCCUUCAUCAAGGCUGGAAUUGUGUCAUCGAACCAGCUUGUGUUUUCCUGUUUUGCGGUAUUUCGACAAAGCGCAUUUUUAAUAUUCGGGCGUUUGGGCUUCGCAGGUUUACCAUGGUUGAGGCCUGGGCGCUCUUAAUUCGGGUCUGAGAUUAUCUGGCAGUCUUUUGAUUUUUCUUUGCGUUGUAUCACCUCGCCAGUGCUGGGAGACCUAGUAGGAAAGAUCGUUCUCUACUGCUCCUAGUUUUCCUUUUCUUUUUCUUAUAUCUUUAUUCUCUGUCUUUCGACAGUUGAAGCCUACCCGACAAGCAUGUCUUAACAUCUGUCCUCUAUUGUCAAAUCAGAGAACUGUGUAGCUCCUGUUAGCGAAUAAUCAGUCUUCGAUAUGUUCAAAAA